CACUGCACGCACAAACCUGUCUCCCAAUCACUAUAUGGUUUCAACUCAGGUUAUCGCCAUCGUCGUGUCACAUGAUCUGUUCUGCUCGAAGCCUCAGCACAAUCAACACAUUGUGGUCUUUCCGUUCACACAGUUACCUUCCUGGCCAUUAUUUUAAUAAGAGACACAUUGUAUGGCUUUUGCAGAUUCCUGACAACCUUUUCCUACGAUGCUGAUACAGGAUUCAAAUGUCAAAUUCACUUUCAUGAAAAAUAAUAAUGAAAUGCAAAUAUAAAGGAUUUUUUUUUUAAAGCAAACUCUGUUCAAUGAAAACUACAGCUUUACUCUUUCUAUAUGUAAAAUAUAUAUGUUUGCCUCUGGAGACUGCAUUCGGAGACUUUUCUAAGAAAAAUAACUUCACAUAAGAUAUUCAUGAACACUGAGUCUGCAUUGUUCUCCGUUUCCCAGCAAGCUUUGUGACUUUUCAGUUUCAACAGCUGUGGAUCAGCUGAUUCAUAGUCCCAGAAGAUCUGCACUCUUCUUCAUGCUGUUUAGCUUUUCUGAAUUUAAAAUAACCCCAUCUACAGUAAAAUACAGUUUGCGAAUAAUUCUCAAAUGCUCAUUAGAUAACUUAAUUCCCCCUCAAGCUUCAGACUCUGAAGGAAUACGUUGACCAGGGCUUAAAACAAACCAAAUGCAAACUCUCCCAUCCUGUGUCUGCUCACACCCUCUUCCAAACCCCAUGAAUUUUAUAGCUGCUCCUUCCUUUGUGAACAUUGCUCUCCUAACUAAAAGAGUUCACCUAAGUUAAAUGGUUCUUUACAUUUAAUUAACAAAUAUAUUAUUUAUUUAUCCACUAACCUGACUAUUUACAUUACCACUUCUAAAAAUCUGGGUCUUUGCAUGACUUAGCUUCUCUGUCUCUUUGGCUCCCCUCUCCCAUGUGUGUCUGACAUGCCUUUCUCUCGGCUCAGCUGGUUCCAGGGCCUUGGCGCCCUGCUCUCGAUCCACCAUGAAUAGAUUUCCUUAGGGCCCCCCAAGUGCAGAGGAGUGUUUCUACGACUGAUUUACACCCAGCCUUUCUCCUCAUGGGUGUUCCCCUGGGCCUCCCCAAAUCACUGUGCUACAUCUGGCAACCUAGCUCAUUCUAAAGCUUCACUUUGCGUUCAUUGUGCCCUUGACACAUCGUUUUCCAGUAGACAACUCCAUGAACAGUUUUAUUUAUUUGUGUAUUUAUUUAUUUGCAAAUUCUUCUUCUCACAUUGGACUGCUGUCUUCCCCCUGUGUGAAUUUUUUACCUGGGAGGCUUGGGGAGUUUCCGUGGAGUAGGUGGGGUGCUCCCAACGCACAGCAGGUUAGGAAGCUGCUUUUGUGUACUCGCACGACGUUAAAGUGCAUUAGGCAGAAUAUUAAAAAGUUAAGCCAACUGACAAUUAAUAGUGAGAAGUCGAGCUUCACAUUUGAAAUGUGGACUGCCUCUUACCAACCACGGGGUACUUUAUUCUUCAUUGGGGCUGGCCAAAAGACAUAAAAGCAGCUCAUUAAUUUAGACAAUUCACUGAAAGAAGGAAUCUGUAAAAUGAAAAAAAAAAUUGGUUAAACUAACGCAGGAUCUAAUAAAAUGAUUGCUUGAAUUUUUUCAUAUUUCAAACAUCCACAUGAGUGUUAAAAACAUUGCCUUGGAAAACAGAAUACAAUUUUACUAUAAGCUAAUGUGAUGGGAUAAUUACCCUCCUUCCUCAGCACAGGUUUCCUGGGAUCAUAAUGCCCACGACUGUUGAGGACCAGCCUUGUUCUAUUGUAAGUUUUGUUUUCCUGUUUGGGGGGAAUGAUUGCUUUCCCCACUGAGCUUCAGGAUUGCUCCAACUCUUAAAAUGGGAGGCCAAUGAGAAUUGAACCCUGAGCGUAAUUUAUAACAAGCAGGACUGAUGUGCACACAGAAGGAAUGAAGUAUGGAUGUGAAAGAACGGAGGCCUUAUUGCUCCCUGACCAAGAGCAGACGAGAGAAAGAGCGGCGGUAUACAAAUUCCUCAGCAGACAAUGAGGAGUGCAGGGUACCCACGCAGAAGUCUUACAGUUCCAGUGAAACUUUGAAAGCUUUUGAUCAUGAUUCCUCGAGGCUGCUUUAUGGAAACAGAGCAAAGGAUUUGGUUCACAGAGAAGCAGACGAGUACAGUAGACAAGGACAGAAUUUUACCCUAAGGCAGUUAGGAGUUUGUGAACCAGCAACUCGAAGAGGACUGGCAUUUUGUGCGGAAAUGGGGCUCCCCCACAGAGGUUACUCUAUCAGUGCAGGGUCAGAUGCUGAUACUGAAAAUGAAGCAGUGAUGUCCCCAGAGCAUGCCAUGAGACUUUGGGGCAGGGGGGUCAAAUCGGGCCGCAGCUCCUGCCUGUCAAGUCGGUCCAACUCAGCCCUCACCCUGACAGAUACGGAGCACGAAAACAAGUCCGACAGUGAGAACGAGCAACCUGCAAACAAUCAAGGCCAGUCUACCCUGCAGCCUUUGCCACCUUCCCACAAGCAGCACUCUGCACAGCAUCAUCCAUCCAUCACUUCUCUCAACAGAAACUCCCUGACCAAUAGAAGGAACCAGAGUCCGGCCCCGCCGGCUGCUUUGCCCGCCGAGCUGCAAACCACACCCGAGUCCGUCCAGCUGCAGGACAGCUGGGUCCUUGGCAGUAAUGUACCACUGGAAAGCAGGCAUUUCCUAUUCAAAACAGGAACAGGGACAACGCCACUGUUCAGCACGGCAACCCCAGGAUACACAAUGGCAUCUGGCUCUGUUUACUCGCCGCCUACUCGGCCACUACCUAGAAACACUCUAUCAAGAAGUGCUUUUAAAUUCAAGAAGUCUUCAAAGUAUUGCAGCUGGAAAUGUACUGCGCUGUGUGCUGUAGGCGUUUCAGUGCUCCUGGCAAUACUCCUAUCUUAUUUUAUAGCAAUGCAUCUCUUUGGCCUCAACUGGCAGCUACAACAGACUGAAAAUGACACAUUUGAGAAUGGGAAAGUGAGUUCUGAUACCAUGCCAACAAACACUGUGUCAUUACCUUCUGGCGACAAUGUGGAUCUCUUACAUCCAGGAAAAUUGGGUGGAUUUACACAAGAAAACAACACCAUAGAUUCCGGAGAACUUGAUAUUGGCCGAAGAGCAAUUCAAGAGGUUCCUCCCGGGAUCUUCUGGAGAUCACAGCUCUUUAUUGAUCAGCCACAGUUUCUUAAAUUCAAUAUCUCUCUUCAGAAGGAUGCAUUGAUCGGAGUAUAUGGCCGAAAAGGCUUACCCCCUUCCCACACUCAGUACGACUUCGUGGAGCUGCUGGACGGCAGCAGGCUGAUCGCGAGAGAGCAGCGGAACCUGCUGGAGUCCGAGAGGGCCGGGCGGCAGGCGAGAUCCGUCAGCCUGCACGAGGCCGGCUUCAUCCAGUACCUGGACUCCGGCAUCUGGCAUCUGGCUUUUUAUAACGAUGGGAAAAAUGCAGAGCAGGUGUCUUUCAAUACCAUUGUCAUAGAGUCUGUGGUGGAAUGCCCCCGAAAUUGCCAUGGAAAUGGAGAGUGUGUUUCUGGAACUUGCCAUUGUUUUCCAGGAUUUCUGGGUCCGGAUUGUUCAAGAGCAGCCUGUCCGGUGCUGUGCAGCGGCAACGGGCAGUACUCCAAGGGCCGCUGCCUCUGCUUCAGCGGCUGGAAGGGCACCGAGUGUGAUGUGCCGACGACCCAGUGCAUUGACCCGCAGUGUGGGGGUCGUGGGAUUUGCAUCAUGGGCUCUUGUGCUUGCAACUCAGGAUACAAAGGAGAAAAUUGUGAGGAAGCCGAUUGUCUGGACCCUGGAUGUUCUAAUCAUGGUGUGUGUAUCCAUGGGGAAUGUCACUGCAAUCCAGGCUGGGGUGGUAGCAAUUGUGAAAUACUAAAGACCAUGUGUCCAGACCAGUGCUCUGGUCAUGGAACAUACCUUCAAGAAAGUGGCUCCUGUACUUGUGACCCUAACUGGACUGGCCCAGACUGCUCCAAUGAAAUCUGUUCGGUGGACUGCGGCUCGCACGGCGUGUGCAUGGGGGGCACUUGCCGCUGCGAGGAAGGCUGGACGGGCCCCGCGUGCAACCAGAGAGCGUGCCACCCGCGCUGCGCCGAGCACGGGACCUGCAAGGACGGCAAGUGCGAGUGCAGCCAGGGCUGGAACGGCGAGCACUGCACGAUCGGUAGGCGCCCGCGCUUCUGUGUCUGCCCUCCCCGUGCGGCCGAACAGCCCGCCUCCUCCGCUGCUUUCCACUCCUUUUUUUACAUUGUUUUCUUUGUGCAUUUCUCUUAAAAGGGAAUUAUUUUUUAGAACAUAGUUGUCAUUUUACAAUGGCAACAAUUCAGUUCUUUCUAGAAGUGUGACAAGUAGAAGGUACAGAUUUGUUUAUUCAUUGUUUUUCGUGAUGGUCACAAAAACUGACUCACCUAAAGCAGAUUUAAUGAUUUUACUUAUAAAUGAACUUUCACUGAAUAGUACUUCUUAACGGUCCAUACUGCCAUUGCAUCUCUUAAUAGCAAUUAUAUUUUUGCUAUAAAAAAUCUUUUUUCAAGUACAGAUUCUAGACUCAUUCCUCUUAGGCUUGUGCAGAUAUUGAGUCUCUACAAAAGAUGUUUGGCUUUUUACAACUUCAUUUUGUAGUGCCAUAAGAAAUAAGGUAGGAUAAAAUGCACAAGUCUAGCUGUUCUUAAAUCUACAUGCUUAACACUUUUUCAAAAAUGAUGACAUUCAUGAACAUCUGUACGACUAAACAUA